UCACUAAAAAAUAAAUAAAAUUUGAAAAUUUCAUUUUAUGAUUUUAAAAAUUUGUGAAAUUUAGAUUUACUUAAAUUUUGAAUGCUUGGUUGAUUUAUUAUAGUGCAUGGUACCCGAAGUGACAUCAUCGAGUAAAAAUGAGUUUAUUGAGUCGAUCUUUCUUCUCUGUAGUUCCUAGUGGUCAAUCUAUUUUAACCAAAUCAAUAACGAAUAGUGCCAGUAAAUAUUACUUUUGUUCAUUCGGCGUUCUUCAAAAGAAGAAUGACUCGUUGACGAAAUCAUGCUCGGAAAGUACGGUCGUGUGUGAUUUCCCUGAAAGACCUAAGAAACCUGCCACAAGCUUUAUUCGAUUUGCCAUGGACAUGAAACCCACGCUAAUUCGAGAUAAUCCGAUGAUGCCUAAAGCAGAACAGAUGAAGUAUGCGGGUAAAUUGUGGAAUAAUGCCGAUGUUGACACAAGGGUCAAGUAUCAAAUAGAAUAUUAUACAGAAUUGGAGAAAUAUUACGACGCGCUUCAAAAAUUUAACGCUGGUCUAACGGAAGAACAAUCUAAAGCUUUGAAAAAAUUUGAAAUGAGAAAAAAAGAGGGUCGUGUUCGUCAUAAGAUUAAAGAAAGAUUGAAGGAAUUCGAAAAACCUAAAAGACCGAUGAAUCCAUUCACGUUUUUUAUAGCUUCCAAAAAAGACCAGUUGAAGAAAAUUAAUGCAGAGGUAUAUUGUCACGAAAUAGCCAAGGAGUGGAAUGAAUUACCCGAAAAAGAAAAAGAAAAAUUUCGCCAACUAUCGAUAAUAUCACGGAGAGAGUAUUACCAGAAAAUGGAAGAAUGGAAAGAUCGUGUGGGCCCUUUGAAUAUUAUGCAUGUUUUAAAAACUAAAAACCUUGAUGAGGCGAAGAAGUUUCUCAGUGAAAACCCUGUGGUGGAUCCGCCUAUAACUUUGGAAGAAGAUCAAGAUGGUCAAGAAUAUAAUGAUGCAAGCCCGUCGAAAGUUGUUAAACUUCCGAAGAUGCAGUUUUUUAAUACGGUUUACUUAGCAGUAAAACACAGUCGUCCAUUGAUUCAAAAUUACAGAACUAGCGUAUCGAAUGAUGUACCGAAUUACGUCCAGAGACAAUCGUUCAAAGCUUUUUCGACUCAGUCAACCGAUGGGCGAAGAAAUGCGCCAUCAGAUACACCAGAUAAACCUCAGAGACCAUUGAACACUUAUUUUCGUUAUUUCAAAUUGAUCGAACCUAAAAUUGUUCACGAACAUCCAAAAGUGAAUAGAACUGAAAUCCAUAAAAUUGCUAAAGAUAUGUUCAAAAGGCUGGAUAAAGAAACGUUAUCAGGUUUAGAAAAACAGUAUUCUAUUGAAGUAGAGCAGUAUAGGACGGAUAUGGAGGCGUACAAAUUGAAGUUGGCCAACCAGCAAGAAGCCGUGUUAAGUAGUAUACCUUCUAAACCGAAAAAACCGCUGAGUACUUUUUUCCGUUAUAUUAACUUGAUUGAACCUGAGGUAAUUCAACAACAUCCCAAUGCGAAAAGAACAGAAAUCGUCAAAAUUGCUGCCGAGAAGUUCAAGACCUUAAGUGCGGAAUCAUUAUUACCCCUUCAAAACGCGUAUUCUAACGACAUGGAAUUAUAUAAAAAAGAAAUGGAGGCGUACACCGCGAACUUGACUGAUGAGCAAAAGAAGGUUUUAGAACAAUUAAAAGCUGUGGACAAGAAAAAUAUGCAGCGCCGGCAGUUGAAAAAAGAUUUCAAGGAAGCGAACAAACCGAAAAGACCUCUGAAUGCUUAUAUGCUAUUUGCUCAAAAGAGACGAACUGAAAUUGGACCUGUUGCUAACGUCGCGGAGUUUACCGUGAAAAUUGGCGGCGAAUGGAAAAACUUAUCUGAGCAAGAACGGAAUAAAUACGUUGAUGAAUCUAAAAAAUUACUGAAAAAAUAUGAAACCGAGAUAUCAAAUUGGAAAGCUAGUCUUGAGAACACAGAAUAUGCGCACCUGAUUGAAAAACCUGAAAAAAAAUCUAAAAGCACGAAAUCUAAAGAAAGUACAAAAUCUGAAGAAAGUACGAAACCUAAAGAAAGUACGAAAUCUAAAUCCAACUUGCCGAAGAAAACGGAAGAGAGGAAUUCCGAUUCGGUUAGUGUUGAAAAUGUUAUUUAUUCACAUUGUAAAGCUGACUCAAAAAACGAUAAAUCUACGAUCUCUACUGUAUCUAGUGAAAAUGAUUACAAUGUUCAGUCUUGUCAUUCAACCUCAAAAAACGAUGAAACUACGAUCUCCACUGUAUCGACAACAAAUGAAUGCUACAACGUUCAGUCUUGUCAUUCAACCUUAAACGAUAAAUUACCGGAAAUUGAUUCAGAAUUGAAGCAUACUACAAAUCGUUAUUCUAUAAAUGAAAUUAUUGUCAAGCUCAGGAAAAAUGAUUUUAGUAAAAUUAUAUUUUUGAUUGAUUCCUCUGUCAGUGAUAGAAAUACAGUCAAUGUUGUGAUAGGUGUUACAUUUGUUUCUGUAUUUAUUGUGUUGCCAUUUUUUUAUUUCUUUUGUUAAAAUAAUGAUUAUUAUUGUAAUGAUAAGUACUUAUUUCAUUAUGAUUAAUAAAAGUAAGUUAUCAGGUUUUCUAUCGGUUAAAAUGAUUGUACUUUUGUGUUAUUUCCUUCAUUUUUGAAAAUUACUUUCCUAUCUUAUGUGUUCUGUGUGGAACGAACUGAAUUUGUUGUAUCUUUAAUUUUUUGUAUCGUCUUGAAACAUGAUUUUUCAUUGGUCAGCUUAAAUAUACGUAAACUUAUUUAUUGAUA